GGUUCUGCCAUAACUGAAACGGACGGCAAGUGAAAUACAACACAAAGUUAAAAGUUUAGUUAUUUUGCAUUUAAAAGUUUAACAAAUAACUUGGACAACUGGUGAUGUCAGAGCUGCGCUCCAAAGUUAUUUUUCUCUACAAACACUUACAGUUCCUGGGCCGUGAUUAUCCCGGCCUGAAUGGGCCGCAAAAGUUUCGCAAACAAAUACACGAUGCGUUCAUGAACAAUAAGGAUGAGCGCGAUCCCAAGAAGAUCGUGGCUCUAUUGGCCCAGGGACGUUACCUCGCCAAGGAAGUGGAGGCGUUGUACUCGCUAAAAAAGUACCGCACAGUUAAGCAGCGUUACAGCUACAACGACUAGACGCGGAAAUGCGGAUGUGCAAAAAUUGAUGGACUGAGCAAAGGAAUGUGCGAGGAUAUGACACGCGUUUGUUUUUUUAUUGUUUACUACAAGCACUUUAUACACACACCUAAACAUAAUUGUUAAUUUCGAAUGUCAUGUCAAUGUUUAACUUUAAGUUAUUGUUGAUGCAAAACAUACAUAGCGUAGUGCAUAAAACGAAAAAUAAAGUCAUUGAAUAACCAAGCCAAAAUAA